CGUGUACUCUUCUUGGGCUCUUUCGGGUAAUGUCCCAUCAAACACCCAGAAGUUUGGAAUCCGAUUCCCCAGAAACAGUACUACCCUGUGCUCCGGACUUUCCUGUAAUACCCACUUGCGAUAUUUCACACCCUCAUGUUCGACACAGGCCUGCUCCUCUGGAUGAACCUGAAGAAAACAGAGAUACUCUAGAAGAAUUACUUUCUGAGUCACUCAUUCAAAGUUGUCAGUACUCGCAAUAUCCACGUUCAUCUCAAAGUGAUAUAGUCUAUACCCAAAAUCUCAGUGACCCCCAGCCUGCUGGUUUUCGAUCAACCAUUUCACCCAUUCAUCAUGUCCCUGGCCACUGUCAACCAACUCCCGCUCUCCGACCUCAGCCAGAUGUGUUCACUAGUUCGUAUAUGUCUCAGACGGCGUACUCUUCCACUGUGCCUUUCUUCGGUACGGACGAAAUGGAAACCUACACAACAGAUGUGGGUGCGGAAAGUGAAAUGAGAUCAUUAAGUAAGCGACUGUGCACGAAAGCACCCUGUGAUACACCAUCUCCUCCUAAUGUGUGCGAAAGUUCGUCGCUAACACGCAUUUUGGAGCUGAUACCGCCGGUCGAAUCAGCUUCGCAAGACACUUUACGUACAUUUAGUCACGAAGUCUGUCCAUCAGGCGCGCACACUUCGGUACAAUUACCCGGUUUAGAACCACGGGCUGGAACGAUAACCGAGAUGUCGUCGGGCGUUUUGUCUCAUCUACCGCAAGCGAUAGCGCAUAGUUCUCUUUCCUCUAUGUCUUUGCCACUAGAAUCACCCAGCACAACCUCAGAAUUCGUUCACUUAUCUAGUCGACGUUCGCUUCAAGAAACCACUCGAUUUACCGGUUAUUACAGCAGAAGAAAUGUUCCGUUACCCGAAAACUUAUCCCUUUGCACUAAUCCCUUCUUAUCACUUGAUCAAGAAUCGAAUGAAGACAGAACCUUCGAGGAAUUACAGUUUCCUGGACAGUUGUGUGAUUCGGUGCCUCCAGGCUUUCCGGCAACCUCCAGUCGUUCCGUAAAACCACUAUUACGCCCAAGCUUUCAGGUUUCAUCGGCUGCCACAAAUAGCCCACCACCAACCAGCACGUCCUCUGAUCUCCCCGAAAGUGCUCUGCAAAGGAAGCGUUACCUGUGUACAUUCUCGGGAUGUGAGAAGCGCUUUACCAGACCGGAUGAACUAAAGAGGCAUUAUCGCAUACACACAGGUGAUAGGCCGUUUGCGUGCAAUUAUUGUUCACGGGCCUUUGGACGAUCCGAUCACUUGCGCACCCACAAAAGAUCGCAUACGGGAGAACGUCCUUAUGUGUGUGAACAAUGUGGACGCAGAUUUGCACGUUCAGAUGAAAGGACGAGACACCGGAAAAUUAGGGGCUGCGGAGUCCGCACAACUGGCGAGCAUGUGACUCCAGAUUCGACGGUUUCACAGAUGGGAGGAAGCGCUGUAACAAUGUCAGAAAUCUCACGUCCACCGAGACGAUCCAGUGUUCCGCUGACCCACACCAGCCAAUUUGGAAGGACCGUCACUUUAAGUGGCAUACGACCAUUUAGCAAUCCUGAAAUUUUAUCGUACCUCACGACUACCUCAAGUCUUUCCGACAUCGUGCAGGUGUCACCUAGUACCAGCAGCUUCCAUUGGGGACAGGGUGCUGUGAUAUCUCCCAGCGGUGGAGGCCUCCGUACAGUCCCACCGUCUCCCCUCAGUGCACCGGCAGCUGGAUAUGCUAGCACUGGUGAGAUGGCAUUUUUCCCGGAGUGUUUUCAGGGCAGCGAACCGACUCUUCAGCGGCAACAAACCAGUGACUCUGGAGUCCAGCCAAGCGAAGAAACGUCUCCAAGUAGCGGUAGUAUGCAUUUAAAGCCCGAACAAAUGUGAAUUCCAGAUUUCAUUUUUGAAAGUCCUUUAUCCUCGUAUCACCUUCCUAAUAUUUCGAACGUCUUCUUACUUUACAUGUUGUCUGUAUUUCAAACAGACCUCGUAUUCGCGUGUUAUUCACUUUGGUCUAUUUUUUGAAACCAUAAACUUUGCACGCGUUCGUCUAUCUUCAUCAGUGAACAAAGGAGAGACGAUUAACUAUUUUGAUUCUCUUGCCCUAGAUUCCGGAUUGUUGUAUCGGAUUACGUUUUGAAUAAGG